AUGUACAUCUUUGUUUGCAUCGCAGCGCUGAUCGCGACCGUGUCAGGUAACAGCGGAUACUGCUACGGCAAUAAAAAUGAAUACGUAAAAAUGUCCGGCAGCUGCGACAAAUAUUACGAAUGUAUUGAAUCAGCGGAAUUCGAAAGGACCUGCCCAGAUGGCAUGUAUUUCAAUCCGGACGCGCCGUGGCCGCAAUAUCCUUGCGGAUAUCCCGGCGAUGUUCAGUGCACCGACGGCGUGCCUCAGGCAGCUAGAUCGACGGCGGAUUGCCCUCACGAGUACGGCCUCUUCGAGUCCCCGUAUGCCACCAGCACGGAUUGCGGCAGGUACCGCCGCUGCGUUGCCGGUGUUGCCUUCGAGGAGGAGUGCCCCAUGGGCCUAGCCUUCAACGUGAACAAGGCAGCUUGUGACUGGCCAUCUGAUGUCGCUUCCUGUGAUGCUGAAGCUUUCGUCGGCUUCUCUUGCCCGCCUGGAUCCGUCGAUGAGAAUGGAUGCGACAUCACUGAAAACUUCCCGCUGCCGGGCAAGUGCUACUCGUUCAUCGCUUGUCACAGAGGCAACCCUCGCCUGGUGAGCUGUGACCUUGGCUUCAAGUUCGACACCUCCGUCAACCGCUGCGUCAACUCUGACCUCGUCAGAACUGACUUCCAAUGCGAGCUGCGCCAAGAGAGACCACACAUCUGUAACAACGAUAUCUGUUAA